GUUGUAUGAUGUCGGGGGCCAGCGCAGUGAGAGGAGGAAGUGGCUCAGCUGCUUUGACUGUAUUCAGGCCGUGUUGUUUGUCGUGGCCCUCAGCAGCUAUGAUAUACAGACGGAGGAGCCUUCAGGGAAUCGCCUGCAAGAAAGUCUCAAACUUUUUACAUCCGUCUGCACCAACGCAGUUUUCAGCAGCGCCUCACUGAUUCUGUUUAUGAACAAAACCGACCUUUUCCGAGACAAGAUCCUACACUCGGGAAGACACUUGAGAUUUUACCUGCCUAGUUACAAAGGAGCCGAUGGUGACGUGGACGCUGCAGCCCACCACAUCGCUGCCAUGUUCUCGUCAUGCAACAGCCGCCCGGACAAGCCCAUCUACCACCACUUCACCACUGCCACAGACACCGCUAACGUACAGGUUGUCUUCCACAUGGUCAUAGAUCAGGUUAUGAGUGAGAAUCUAGCGGCUGUGCAGCUGCUGUAAACAUCUCCUGAGGGCUGUUAGGACUGUGAAGUUGUGUUUUUAGUCAUCCAGCGCUGGACUUUUAGUUUUAUCACGAUUGGUUUCACCAUUUUAGAAUAACUUAUUUAAGCAGAUGAUGAUGUUCUGUUAAGAUGCACUUUCCCAAAUUUAUUUUAAAACAUUUUAAAUAAAAUAUUUAUUGAUAAACAUG